AUGAUAUGCAUUAUGAAGAAGAGUGGAAAAUUACGGACAGUUGUCGAUGCGCGUAAACGCAAUGACAACACCGUAAAGGACGUAACUCCAUUCCCGGACCAGGACCAGAUACGCAUGGACGUGUCUCAUGCCAAAUACUGGUCGAAGAUUGACUUGUCCGAUGCGUAUGAACAAAUAUGGGUGGCAGCAGAGGACGUCUGGAAAACAGCGUUCUCCACCUCAUAUGGUACAUUCGUAAGUCACGUCAUGCAACAAGGCGAUUGCAAUGCCCCAGCGACAUUCCAAAGCCUCAGGACAUUGAUAUUCCAUGACUGCAUCGGACGAUAUGUUCAUGUAUACCUCGAUGACAUAUUCGUGUUCUCUGAUACAAUCGAAGAGCACGAACACCACCUGGAAAUUGUAUUCUGUAAGCUGAGGGAGGCAAAGCUCUACCUUAGCGAGACGAAGUGCGAACUAUAUUCACGGAGCAUGGACUGCCUAGGUCAUCUAAUCGAUGACCAAGGACUCUACGCAGACUCAGACAAGAUGAGCCGUAUUCGUGAAUGGCGAAUACCCCGAUCUUACAAAGAAGUACAACGCUUCCUAGGGCUCGUGAACUACCUAGGACACUUCAUGCCCAACGUAACGGCGUACACCUCGCCAUUGUCGGACAUGGCUCACAAUGACCGAGCAUUCGUGUGGUGCCCAAUGCACACCAAAUGCUUUGAAAUGAUCAAAGCUUUGGCGUGCAAGGCACCCAUCCUGAAGCCAAUUGACCCACGUCAACCAGAACCCAUCUGGGUGAUAUCUGAUGCAUCGCUAUACGGUGUUGGAGUGAUGUAUGGACAGGGACCAGACUGGCGAACCUGUCGCCCAGCUGGCUUCCUGUCGAAGAAAUUCACGAGUGUGCAACGUGCUUAUAAGACCUAUGAGCACGAGGCACUCACGAUACUGGAAGCUCUCCUCAAAUGGGAGAACAAACUACUUGGCCGACCGAUAGUGAUCGCAACCGACCACCAGGCAUUGAAGUAUUUCGAAGGCGUAACCAAUCCAACGAAUUGA